UGUUUCCUCCUUGGCGAGACUGACACUCUCGUUACGCGGGAAAGCGUCGGUCUUUGUCCUCUGUGGUUAAGCAAAUAUGGCUCCGCUGAAGUUCUGUGCUAAUAUUUCCUGGUUGUUCACAGAGCUGCCAGACUUCAGUCAUAGAAUACACGCCGCUGCCUCGGCUGGCUUCCAGGCUGUGGAGGCAGCCUGGCUCUACGACUCCGAUUUGAAGGAGCUACAGAGGGCCACAGCGGCUGCAGGCGUGGAGGUGGUCCUUAUCAACACUCCGCCCGGUAAACUGCCCACAGGUUCAUUCAGCGGCGGAGAACGUCCGGCUUCUGGGCCUUAUGCUGCUAAAUUAUUAGCAGCGGUUGGAGAUGUGAAGGCUGGUGAUCUUGGUCUUGGAGCAGUUCCUGGAAGAGAGGCAGAGUUCAGGCAGGGUCUGCUUUUGGCUAUAGAGUAUGCAAAAGCUUUGGACUGCAAAAGGAUCCACCUGAUGGCAGGAAGGAUUCCUGUGGGUUCACAGAGGAAAGCGGUUGUCAAGGAGAUGGAGGCCAUCUUUGUACAGAACCUUACCUAUGCUGCUGAUAUCCUGUCAAAAGAAGGAAUAACUGGAUUGAUUGAACCAAUCAACACAAAGAUUACAGAUCCCAGGUAUUUUCUGGAUUGUCCUCAUCAAGCGGCUGUUAUACUGGAUAAAGUUGGACAGCCAAACAUCAAGCUGCAAAUGGAUAUCUUUCACUGGCAAAUAAUGGAUGGUAACCUGACACAGAACAUCAUAAAGUAUUUCCCUAUAAUUGGUCAUAUACAGAUUGCUCAGGUUCCCGGCAGGAACGAGCCUGACAGUGCAGGAGAGCUCAACUACACCUACCUGUUCAACACACUGGAAAACUAUGGGUACCUGGGAUACAUUGGCUGUGAAUACAAACCACUAGGCUCCACAAAGGAAGGUCUGGGUUGGAUCAAAGAUUACUGGACACAGCAAGUGAUGACCAGGUGACUCAACCACAAAGCUAAAGAUUUUUGCAACUCAAGUGUCAAAUCUAAAGUAUGACAUUUGCUAAUGUGUUAUAGUUAAUUAUUAUGUAUAUGUACUGAACAUCAGUCUGCUUGAUGCAAUGUUCUUAGUAACUGGCAUAAUUAUAGUUGUAUACAAAUGAGAUAAGAGGCAUGGAUUGUUAUAAUUUUUCAAUAAAUCGUGCAGCCCUA